UGUGGCUGGGACUGGGACUGGGGCUGGCACUGUGACUGUGGCUGGGGCUGGACCUGUGGAUGUGACCAAAGAUUAUAGAGGAGCUCCUCUAUAAUCUUUGGAUGUGACUGUGUGAGAGCGGGGCACACUCACACACACACACACACACAGAGGCGCAGGGACUGAGCGCUAUUGUCUGUAGCCCGGGAGGGCGGCUGGUGCUCGGCACAGCGAGGGGGCACACGGGGACUGGGCCGGCGGACAAGGACUGGGCGUUGCAUUAAGAUGCACUGAGACUGCAGAGGAGGACCUGUGACUGCUCCUUUCUCUCUCUCCCCUCCUCCCCCCCUCCCUCCCUCCCUCCCUCCCUCUCCCCGGCCGGGAGCGCAGAUUUACCCCCCUGUCUGUUUCCCUCUCUCCACCACCGCCAGCACCGCCAGCAGCAGCCGGGAAGAUGAUGGAGCUGGAUGACGGGGUGGUUUACCAGGAUGACUGCUCGGUGUCGGUCAUGUCCGAGCGGGUGUCGGGCCUGGCCAACAGCAUCUACCGCGAGUUCGAGCACCUGAUCCACAAGUACGAUGAGGAGGUGGUGAAGGAGCUGAUGCCGCUGGUCGUCAAUGUGCUGGAGAACCUCGACUCUGUCUUCACCGAAAACCAGGAGCACGAAGUGGAACUGGAGCUGAUCCGGGAGGACAACGAGCAGUUGCUCACCCAGUACGAGAGGGAGAAGUCGCUCAGGAAACAAGCCGAGGAGAAAUUUAUCGAGUUUGAAGAUGCGCUGGAACAGGAGAAGAAGGACCUUCAGACACACGUGGAAUCUCUGGAGCUGCAGAGCAGACAGCUGGAGCUCAAGUCCAAGAACUACGCCGACCAGCUUACCAGACUGGAAGAGCGGGAGGCAGAGAUGAAAAAGGAAUACAAUGCCUUACAUCUGAGACACACUGAGAUGAUCCAAACUUAUGUGGAACAUAUAGAACGGUCCAAACUGCACCAAGUAGGGGGGAAUGCGCAAUCAGACGGAACAAUGACUGGCAGGAACAAUCAUCGCCAACCAUGGAGAAAAAGUAGGAAGGAACGGCCAAACACCUUGGGCCUCUUCCCAGUGUUGGAUGGGAACCUCCGCGGGCAGCAAGGUGGCCGUAUUACUCCUGGUUCUGACAACUGGCAUCUGAGUGACCUGAGUCAGCCUCCAUCGAAUUGUAGCCUGAAGGAUGAUACAUCGGAAUCUGGGCAGUCGUCAGCUGCUGCCACGCCGAGUACCGCAGGAACUAAAUCUAACACUCCAACGUCAUCCGUGCCAUCUGCAGCCGUCACUCCACUCAAUGAAGUAGUUAAUCCAAUCUACAACGGGGACACCAAGGUCAAGAACCAGCGAAAGCGGGCGAAAGGUAAUAGCAGAAACAUGGAGGUCCAGGUCACCCAGGAGAUGAGGAACGUCAGCAUAGGGAUGGGAAGUAGUGACGAGUGGUCUGAUGUUCAGGAGAUUAUCGAUUCAACCCCAGAGCUUGAUAUGUGUCAAGAUCCACGCUUUGAAGGACGGGGAGGCAACAGCCCCACACAAGGAAUUGUAAAUAAGGCAUUUGGGAUAAACACGGAUUCGCUGUACCAUGAGCUUUCCACUGCGGGGUCGGAGGUGAUCGGAGAUGUUGACGAGGGGGCAGAUCUGCUUGGAAUGGGAAAGGAAGUUGAAAAUCUCAUCAUGGAGAACACUCAGCUCUUGGAAACCAAGAAUGCCCUGAAUAUUGUGAAGGAUGAUCUGAUUGCAAAGGUGGACGAGUUAUCAAGUGAACAGGAGGUGCUGAAAGGGGAACUCGAGACCGUCAAACAAGCCAAGGCCAAGGUUGAGAACCGGAUGAAGGAACUGGAGGAAGAGCUGAAACGGGUGAAAUCGGAAGCUAUUGUUGCCAUGAAUAAUAAGGAGGGCAAAGAAGAGCUGGAGGAAGUGAGCGACGAUGUACAGGUGGCACAGAGGCGUCGCUUCACCCGCGUGGAGAUGGCACGGGUGCUCAUGGAACGCAACCAAUACAAGGAGAGGCUGAUGGAGCUGCAGGAGGCUGUCAGGUGGAUUGAAAUGAUCAGAGCAUCUCGAGAGUAUCCGACAAUCCAGGAGAAGAAAAAGUCAGGAAUCUGGCAAUUCUUCAGCCGACUCUUCAGCUCCUCCUCUACUGCUCAGCCAGCUAAGAGACCACCCGUCCUUCACUACGCUGCUCCUAACACCUAUGGUUCCUCUGGUUUCACCAAGGGCCGACGCCACACCAUGUCCCAACUAUCGACCACAGACAGAUCUCAUGCCAUGGAUUUCCUGCCUGAGGUCGACUGCACGUCAAGUGCUCGGCGGGAGUUGAAACGCGAGCAGUACCGACAGGUGAGGGACCACGUCAGGAAUGAUGACGGCCGACUCCAGGCUUGUGGCUGGAGCCUCCCAGCAAAAUACAAACAGUUGAGUCCUAAUGGCAGCCAGGAGGACAAUCGCAUGAAGAAUGUCCCUAUCCCCGUCUACUGUCGUCCACUGGUUGCAAAAGACCCAACCAUGAAGCUUUGGUGUGCAGCUGGUGUGGACCUGACUGGUUGGAAGCUACAACGCAUGGAUAACGGCAACGCACUGGGCCGCUCGCGCAGCUGCGAUCCCCUGACCUCCGACGCUGAGAAAGAUGUGAAGAACAGCAGCAGCCAUAGCUCCCCCGACAAAAACAAGAAGGUCCACAGUGCAGAGGAUGUCUCCAGCCGUGUGUGGAUCUGCACUAGCACCCACUCCACCAGUAAAAUUGUGAUCAUUGAUGCCAAUCAACCUGGCACCAUUAUGGACCAGUUUAUAGUGUGCAACGCCCAUGUUCUGUGCAUCACCAGCAUCCCAGCUGCCAGUGAGAGUGACUAUCCUGCAGGGGAGAUAUUUUUGGAAGGGGACUUGAAUCCAGAUGACUCCAGCGGAGCAGAAGGAGUAUUGGCAGGAAUUACCUUGGUCGGAUGCGCAACCAGGUGCAACGUUCCCCGGAGCACCAGCACAUCUAGAGGUGACACCCCAACAUCUGACAAAGGACACAGCGAAAUGGCUCCUCUUAAAGGUGGGAAGGUUAACCAACCGCAGUCGGCUGAAGAAGCAACUGAAGCAACAGAGGCAACAGGGAACGGAGUCACUGAUGCAGAACCAGCAUUAGCGCGGCCCAGUGCCUACACAGAACACGUGUUCACAGACUCCGCACGGACAGACGACCGAACUCAACUCAGGGAAAACGGCCAACCCAAGGAGGAACAGAACACAGGUCAGCCAGAAGUGGAAGCCAAUGUUCGCACCAAUGGAUCGAUCACAAGUGCAGCCCCUACCAUGUGGCUGGGGGCACAGAAUGGCUGUCUUUAUGUGCAUUCUGCGGUAUCCAAUUGGAAGAAGUGUCUUCACACCAUCAAACUGAAAGAUGCAGUCCUCAGCAUUGUACAUGUGAAAGGGCGUGCUCUGGUGGCUCUGAAUGACGGAACAUUAGCUAUAUUUCACAGAGCUGAAGAUGGGCAGUGGGAUCUGAGCAAUUACCACCUUAUGGACCUGCGACGUCCAAACCAUUCCAUUCGUUGCAUGGCCGUGGUGCAUGAUAAAGUCUGGUGCGGCUACAAGAACAAGAUCCAUGUCAUUCAGCCUAAAACAAUGCAGAUUGAGAAGUCUUUUGAUGCCCAUCCACGAAGGGAAAGCCAGGUGCGCCAGUUGGCAUGGAUCGGAGAUGGGGUCUGGAUAUCAAUUCGCCUGGAUUCCACUUUGCGCCUCUAUCAUGCACACACACAUCAGCAUUUACAGGAUGUUGACAUUGAACCUUAUGUCAGUAAGAUGUUAGGAACCGGGAAAUUGGGAUUCUCCUUUGUGCGGAUCACAGCUUUGCUUAUUGGUGGAAACCGGCUUUGGGUAGGAACUGGAAAUGGAGUCGUCAUCUCUAUCCCAUUGACUGAAACUGUAGUUUUACACCGAGGCCAACUGUUGGGGUUCAGGGCCAAUAAGACAUCACCGACCGCCAGUGAAGGAGCCCGCCCUGGUGGAGUGAUUCGGGUUUACGCGGAUGAAAGCAGUGACAAGGCCUCCAAUGGUAGCUUCAUCCCAUAUUGUUCCAUGGCUCAAGCCCAGCUCUGUUUCCAUGGCCACAGAGAUGCUGUCAAAUUCUUUGCAUCUGUGCCAGGUAAUGUCCUUGCAACGUUGAAUGGCAGCGUGUUGGACAGCCCUACAGAGAAUCCAGGACCCACUGCACCUGAGCAGGAAGAGAGGAAGCUGCAGCCUGUUUUGGUUCUCAGCGGAGGAGAAGGCUACAUUGACUUUAGGAUUGGUGAUGGUGAAGAUGAUGAGACCGAUGAAAAUCUGUCAGAUGGAAUCAGACCAGCCCUCACUAAAGCAGAACGAAGUCACAUCAUUGUCUGGCAGGUGUCCUAUGUUCCUGAAUAGUAUGCCACUACCACAAAACUACUCCCAGAUACCCGCAGAUCAUCUGUAUGUAUAUAUAAGAUUCCCUGCAUUGUACUUGUCCAUAAAGAAAGUCGCUGAAAAUCUAGAAUUUCUGUAGCAUUUCCAUAUCUCCACUUUGGAACUGUUCAUUUGUUGAAAUUUGCAACAAUCCAACACAUUUUGGAUUCAAUUUAAAAAUGGAAUGUUAAAACAAUUAAAAAUAGUUAACGCUGGCUUUUCGGAGACUGAAAUCUUAUUCACUUUAACAAAAUUUGUCGCUGUUUAAAGCACUUACCUCUGUAAUUAGCCUGUCCUUAAAAUAUGAAACUAAGAAUGCUAGCUUAAUGCAUGUCAGAUAUUGAAAUAAUGUCAACUUUCCUGUCUGUUCAUUUAUGCAUCCCUUAAAGGUUGAUUUGUGUAUAUAAAUAGCAUUUACUUUUAUUUUGUACUGCUUUGUCACCCAAAAUGUUUAAUGAAAAAUCAUUGAUAGUAAUGUUCCCAUUUAAAACAAAUCUUUAACAUUAUUCUUUCUCAUGAAGUCCUGCUUCUGUGACAGAUCCCAAAUAACAGGUAGUGCAACAGGGCUAGAAAGGAGGAUAAGAGAUUUCAGAAACCAAUAUUACGGAUACAUUCAAUAAAGUGCCAAUAUAGACACUGAGAAUAGAUGUUCCGUUUGUUGAAGGAUGCCACAUGUUUAGUGACACAGGAAAGUUUAACUAUUUUUAUUCGGAAACCUUCAACCACCAAUUUUUACCUAUCCAUUCAUUCAUUCAUUCAUUAUUAUAAGCAGCUCUGGAAAGAUUAGUAUUUCUUUAGGGAGAAAAGUGCAUUCACUUUUAAAAAGGGUUUCUGUAUAUGCUCAGUGGAGUAAAUUCUCACCGGACUUCAUUGCAGCUGUCAGCGUUCUAGUUGGCAAAGGAAGGAUUUGGUAAAACCUGCUAGUUCUCAGUUUAAGGUGUAACAAUAUCUGAAAAUGGAUAGAAAAAUAUGGAAUUUCAACUGGAUGCAUUCUUAUUCAUUUCUGGAUGCCUUUGAUUUGUGCAAAAAAAAUCUGGAGAUGUCAUUAAUUUUAUAAAUGCUUAUCUCCUUCAAGUAACUUUUGAUCAGUGAAUUUCCUUUCCUUUCUCUAAGUGACUAUAUUUCUGACGGGAUAAAUAGGAGGGUUUACAGGAAUGAAAUAAAAUCAAGAUCAUUGAUAGUAUCGUUUUCUGGAAGGGUUCCUAUUCUGAACUGCUUGAAGAUAGUUGGAAUCUUGUGUUCCAAGAUUAUAGCAAAUGAAUUGAGUUGACCAGGACCUGAGCCCUCUGGAAGUACAUUCAUUGACUUAGGAACAUAGGAAGAUAUUUCAGUAUUCAUCAUCCAUUUUCACCAUUUACCAAACUACACAGUGAAUCUUCAUGAAUGUCCAGUAUUAAACCAUUAAGAUACUAUUUGCUUUGAAGCUAUUUGAUGUGCUCUCAAGACAAAGCAGAGCACAUCCAAAAGUGCUUUUGGUCAGGGAUUUCUACCAAUGCCAAAAGUUGCAUCCUGUAGCUUAUGCUAAUUUAAUUAAAAUGUCCUGGAAUAUAUACAGUGCAGUCCUUAUUAAGAUUUUGUGGUGUUUGUCUACUCCAGUAUAAUGUAAAACUAAUUUUGAUUUAGAAAGGCUGGUAACUUCAUUAUAGGGUUUGGUCACCUUCCUCAGAUUCAAAUUUAAGAUUUAAAAAGAGCAUGUGAAAGUGCGAAUUGUGAGUAAUUUGUCAAAAAGGAGCACUUGGAAGCAAGUGUCAUUUCGUAGCCCCUUUUAUUUUACAAUCUUAAAUACUGUUAGAUUGUGUGCAAUUUUUUGGAAAUGUGGAAAGGGAGAGAAUGUCAAAGAGCCAACCAGACCACUGCUAACCAAAGCACUGAUUGCAGUUGCAGUGUAGAAUGUGCGUUUACCUCUAGGGUGAAGGACUGCAGGAGCAGUUAAAAUGCAGGGGACAACAUGGAUUAAGAAUGAAAGACAGAACAGUUAAUGUGAAGAAUAAUAAGUUUUCAGUUUCCAUCUGAGCCAAAUGGGAAUAUUAAGAAUUAUACACAAGAACUGAGUGCCUACAAUAACCUCCACACAUUACUGUAGGCAUGUUGGAUACAGUUGAAUGUUUGAGUGUCAAGUUAAAGAGAUUCUGUUUUAAUAUCCUGGAGUAUGUUAUAAAUGUUAGUGAAAUCUAAGCCUUUUCAUAUUGUAAUUCAUUAUUUGUAUGUCCAUAUAACAUACCACUUUCAGAGUAUUCCAAACCGACGUAUCGGUGUAAUGUGUAAUAAUUAAGGUUAUUUUGACCAGUAACCUGUCAUUUUCAUUGUUUGGACAAAAGGUGUAAGCAGGAAUGAAUACAUUUUGAAUGAGCUGACAAAGUACAGCAAUGGGAACUGAUAGGGGAAACAAAAUCACUGACAGAUGGGCGAAAAUCUGUCUGCUUUUCUUCAGAAGAACUUGUAUUUACUGACACAUGGCAGGGUGAGAUGAAUAAUGCUGGUUUGGAAAUCAGCAAAUAUGACUUUUUUUCUGGCCACAUGAGUGCAUUAUAUUUGAAACGUAUCUGGUUGUCACCUUGAUUAGGUGGUCAUUUUACUAAGUCUAUAGAUCUCAGGACUUCCAGACCAUGUCCUCUGCCAGUAGCAAUUUGAGGUUCUUCUCAUCAUGUAAAGUAGCUCCUGUGUAUUACAGUCUUGAGAAAAUGAUACUACUGUCUGAACACUGCUGCUUCACAGCAGAGUCCUGUACAAAAUGCUGCUUGGUGUAUAAUGAAAAGGUCAGAUUGGAUGUACAGAGAGGGUUGGCUGAUGUAAGGAUACGAUCUGAGCUGAUUUCCCUGUGCAAUGUAAUUUAACUUAACAAGUAACUGUUCCAUAUGUAAUAAACAUUCACAUCAUAAA